AUGGGCGAAGCAGACACAGAGACGCAAAGUCUGUAUGAUGCACUACAUAGCCGGCUGAGCGAAACGAUCACCAGGUUAGAGGGAGUCCAGGCGGCACUCGAUGAGAAGACGUGCAAUGUGGAAGGUCUGGAGGGGGAAAUUUGUCGACUCAACGAUAUCAUUAGAACCUCGGGCAUGACUUUGGGUGCCGUUGCAGGCGAUUCCACAACUAAGAAGAUCGGCGUCAGUUCUGUGGUCUACAAUUUCAUGCUG